GCCGGCGGCAGCGAUGGCGUCGGGGUGCCGGAUCGGGCCAUCCAUCCUCAACAGCGACCUGGCGGCCCUAGGCGCCGAGUGCAGCCGCAUGAUGGACUGCGGGGCCGACUACCUGCACCUGGAUGUAAUGGACGGACACUUCGUCCCCAACAUCACCUUCGGUCACCCCGUCGUGGAGAGCCUGCGCAAGCAGCUGGGCCAGGAGCCCUUCUUCGACAUGCACAUGAUGGUUGCCAGGCCGGAGCAGUGGGUGAAGCCGAUGGCCGUCGCCGGCGCGAACCAGUACACCUUCCAUCUAGAAGCUACUGACAACCCGGGGGCGCUGAUAAAAGACAUUCGGGAGAACGGGAUGAAGGUUGGCUUGGCCAUCAAGCCUGGCACUACGGUUGAAUACUUGGCACCAUGGGCCAACCAGAUAGACAUGGCUUUGGUGAUGACAGUGGAACCUGGAUUUGGAGGGCAGAAAUUUAUGGAAGACAUGAUGCCAAAGGUUCAGUGGCUGAGGACGCAGUUUCCCUCACUGGAUAUUGAAGUGGAUGGAGGGGUCGGGCCUGACACCAUCCAUAAGUGCGCAGAGGCAGGUGCAAAUAUGAUUGUGUCUGGCAGUGCCAUUAUGAAGAGCACAGAUCCCAGAUCUGUGAUCAACCUUCUCAGGAAUGUGUGUUCAGAAGCAGCUCAGAAGCGCAGUCUGGAUCGGUGAGCCCUGCUGUGUUGAAGGCGGCUCUGUGCGGGCAGGCGAACCCUGUUUCUUGUGCAUAAGGGAGGGCUGGAUGAACAUGAAUUAAAGAAACUUGUUGCUGCUGAACAGAGGAAUCAUUCCAUCACUGCGAUGAAGCAAGCAGCAGUGAAAACUAUUCUGGUGGUCUUUCGGGGUUGGAAAUGCAUUGGUUUGAACCCGUCUCUUGAUUCUGUGGAGGUUAAUAAUGCUGACUGGAUUGAACUACGCUUCAGUCAGUGUUUUGCUUGCUAGAAGAGUAUAGCAUCACCACAAGCAAUCACUCUUGUGGAAGACUAAUCAAACUGCCUUUUGUUGUCUGUAUUUUGUCAUUUGAUCUGUGCAUUCCUACAAAACUUUUUCAGUCUCUGCAUUAAACACCCUUCUUGGUGUGGUAAGCCUCCAUUAAGCUGUCAAAAAAAAGGUGGCCUGGGGAACAAGUUUGGGAAAAAUGCAGUUCGAAAGGGCUAAAAAUAUCCCAUGGAUCACAGAAUCGUAGAACCAUUAUGGUUGGAAAAGACCUUUGAGAUCAAGUCCAGCCACUAGUCUCACAGUGCCAAGCCCAUUACUAAACUAAAUCAUGUCCCUCAGCACUUCAUCUAUUUGUCUUUUGAAGAAGGGUGGAGCCAGGCUCUUCUCAGUGGUGUCCAAUGACAGGACAAGGGGCAAUGGGUACAAGUGGGAACAUAAGAGGUUCCAAAGAAACAUAAGGAAAAACUUCACUCUGAGGGUGAGGGAGCACUGGAACAGGCUGCCCAGAUGGGUUGUGGAGUCUCCUUCUCUGGAGACAUUCAAUAGCCACCUGGAUGAGUUCCUGUGUGACCUACUCUAAAUGGUCCUGCUCUGGCAGGGGGGUUGGACUGGAUGAUCUUUCGAGGUCCCUUCCAGCCCUUGAGAUUCUGUGAUUCAAGUUGUGAUGUACAGGUGUGUUGCUGGUUUCUGCAUGCGUUGGCUGGUAUGCACAGCAUGGAGGCAGCUCUGUACAAUGACUUGAGGCUCCUUGUUCUGAAAACAAGUAGUUCUUGUGCCUCUGCUUGUGUCAGUGUCACAGCCGGGCCUGUGCUUGUGAAAGGUGGGCUACAGCCCAACAGAGGAAGAACUUGAGUGUAAUUUUAACUAGACCUGCCUCCCAUGCCUCCAAUUAGUAUUGCUGACUGCUUUAGUAUUUCAUGGUGUUCCACAUGGUAUUUUUCCCUUUAAGUUGUAAUUACAGCACAGUUGCAAACAGCCUGCCACACCAGGGGCCCAGGCCAGAGGGCUCCACAGCUGUAGCUGGUCAUUUUCCACAGUGCCAAAGUCAAAUCCUGUGUCACUAACCCCUGUUGAAGUGGCACUAGAGCUGAUGCACCCCAUUCUUUUCAGCAACGUGUCUGAAGCAGGCCUCAGCUUGGUGGCUGUGGCAGGAGGUGGCUGCAGUACCACAUGGGGCAAUGCCAUUGUGAAGUAGGAGGAGCUCAGGUUGGUUCAGACAGCCUAGGCAAGGGUCUGAAAUGGCUAAACUGCUCCUUUUUCCUGUGUGGUUGAUUGUGGUUUAGGUGAACAAAUGUCUUUGUUUCCCGUUUCUGCUUGCAACUCCAUUUUGAGAACCAGCAAAAGAAACCUGGAGUCAUUGGGACCUACUGCACUGAAGCAAGCAUGGCUAGGAAGGGCUGUGUGGGCUGAGGGGUGUAGGAGCAGCUCGUCUGUACUGCUGUGAAAAACUUGUGCAGAGUAACGCAGUGUGCAUGGAGAAAUGGUCACAGCUCUGGUACCCAAACGGCAGGCCGAGCAGCCACUAACGGGCUGCAGGAACAUUAGUUUAGGAUGUGGGAGACAGGCUAGUGGUGGAUUGAAAGCAGCAGGAGGGCAGCUGUGUCAGCCUUGCCUCCUGCAGCUGACCUUAAGGUGGUUUGAAAGGGCAAUCAAAGUAUUCCUGCUUUUUUUUUUCUCAUUAAUUUGGGGCCAGUUCUCCCAAAGCCACGCUAGUUAAGUGGCAGCACUGUGCUUCGUUCUGAGCAUGGAGCUGCACAGAAUGUUUUCUCUCAGGCUAUAGUUGUGUUGUCGUCAUUUCAAAUCUGGCAGUUUGCACUUCCACUGACUCAGCUAAGGGUGUUGUGGGAGAGUCACACACAAGAUAAAAUUGCUGCUGUCCCUCUAAAUCCCACCUAGGUGGGUUUAUGCAGCUGGCUACUGCUGCAGCAGCUCUUCAUACAUCUACGGCUAAACCUAUUGGUGACCACAGAGCACCCACAGAAGGUACAGGAAUGGUACUUGUCCUUCUAUUGCUAAGGCCUGUUCCAGUGUCUUGCCAUACUUUAGCAGAAGUCAUCUGUCAGGCUUGGUGAAGGCUCUUCUCCAUAACAUUGCCCCAUGGCCAGAGGAUUUAAACUGAACAUGGACAUAAAAAGCACAGGCGGGGCCAAAACAACCCUGGGAGCGCUGGAUGUUGCAAUGCUCUGAUAAAGCAGUGUCAGCAACAAGGGAGAGCACAGGCUAGUGAUAGUGGGUCACAGGGUCUAGCACAGUCCAAGGUGAUCUGCUAGAGCCAAGUCUCUGCAGGGGAAAAGGAGACAAAAGAAACUCUGAUAGUGCCAAGUAAGGCUGGGCUUGGCCCUCGGCUCCAGCCACAUCCCUGAGCAAGGUAAGAACUGCAGGAGACAUGCGCAGAGCUUAAUUUUAAUAGGGCUUAGAAGUUUGUACUUGUACUUACAUUCCACUGAGAUCCCAGAUGCAGAGGAGUGUUUAAACCCUCGUAGCAGCAGGGAGCAGAACGUAAGUGGCCUUAAAAAGACAUCUCCACUGAAAAUGGUAAAGCAGAAGAGAAGCUUGGUGAAGCUGCAGCACCCCAGGUUCAUGCAAGGGGGCCUUGCUGCGGGUUGUGUAACUUGGUGCAUCACAGCCAGCCUUCGCAGUACUUUCAGCCACAGCACCAAGAGAAGCACCGACAGCUGUUUCCAUAGCUUAGCAGCCAAAAGAAACAGGUUGUUGGGUUUUUUUUGUUGUUGAAAACUGCAGAGGAAAGAAAACAAGCAGGGGCUUCUUACGUAUUUUAUGGCUCCAAUCGUGAGCCUGAGCUCUUGGCCCAUUCCCACCACCAUCAGCUUUCUCAGGAUCCCAACAUUCAUGCAAAAAUGGAACCACCUUGAGGAGGGAGUCCAGCUCUGCAGGAAAAAGGGCUGCAGGCAACAAACAAAAAUCUUAGUGCCCAUUCCAGCUGCAUGCAGCACAGGGAAGAACUAUGAGAGGAGAGGGGAUUGGUCCUGCACCCCUGUUCAGUUAAGCCAAUUUUCUAGCCUUGUCCCAGUAGUUAAAUGGGGCUACUAAGCAAGGGAGUGCUUUACCACCCCAAGACAGAGCAGGCUAGGCACAGUGCCGUGGGUGAGGAGCAGCCUGGGGCUGUCUCUCACAGCAUUACCCUCCCUGGCCCUGCCAGGCCAGGGGCCGUGGGAGGCGAGGUCAGACAGGCAAAUGCAGCCUGCUGUGGGUCGCCCCUCGCCACCGGCCCUGCCAUCCACGUGGUGUGUGCGGCUCAGGCCAGGGCAGCUGCCUGUGGGCACUGAGCUGGGCAAGCAGCGAAGUGGUGGGGCCUGGGCAGGAAGUAGCACUCUGGCACAGCUCUGUCUCAGCUUCGGUCACUGUGCAAAGGCAGUUGCAGUUUGCUGUCACAGGUCUGGCCAGCUGAGAGACAGCUGUUAGAGACUCCCGACUGUGGUGGGGUAGGGGAAGGACCAAAUAUACAUUUUUAUAGUUUCUCUGGGCAUUUUUUUCAGUCUCCUGGCUGCCUGGCCUCUCUUUGGAUAGCCUUUUAUUGUUGCCUUGUGGGGCACUAGCUGGUUGUGACAAGAUCAUUUAAAGAGGUGACAAUGAAACUGUGCUUAUCCUUGCUUGUACCAACAUGGGCUCGUGCAGUCUCUGGAGCUGGCAAGAUAACAACUAGCUGUGCUCAGCCAGCACACUGGACACGGCCAAAAGCAGCACAGCUGGGAGCUGAAGAGCAGUGCAGGAACAGCUGUACAGCCCACUAGGCUGACCACAGCUGGUUAAUCCUGCUCCUGUUGCACAGAGGCUUUUUGGCCUCAUUUUAGCACCCUUUCCUGCCCAACUCCACAAUCUAUGAAAACAUCCUCCUCUUGCUCCUUCUCAUAAGAUGCUGAUUACAUUUUCACCUCCUGAUGGCAUGUUCAGGACACGUAAGGCCGGCUGGUUUACCUGGUCUGGCCCAUCUCCUAAAUUGCAGAAACCCCUCACACUGCCUCGCAAGAGCUGCUCAGAUCAAACUUCUUAAUGAAUGGAUAUGGCUGUGGAAGAGACUUGCCAAGCAUUUGAGACACGUUGCUUUCAGAAACCUCUGCCCAGCAGCAGAUGCACAUGCAGGACGGUAGGGAUGGAAGAGUCUCCCUCCGUAUCGAGCCACAGUGGGGCACUUGAGCCUCGCAGCACCAGUGUGGCUGCUGCACAGUGGCGAAGCUUCAUGCUGCUGCUGCCAGUUUGCAAAGCCAUUCCUGGGGCCAGUGGGUCGCUGUGCCGAGAGAGAGGCAGCAUGAGAGGCAGCGUCACGCUCUUCUACAAGGCCAUCAAAUUCAGACUAUAUACAACAUAUAUAGAAAUAACUUUUAAUUAUAAAACCCAACCUUGCAUCAAAGAUUAUUUUAUCAGACAUUGAGGCAAGAUUCAAGUUUAAGACAAACCAGUGUUAAAAAAGUGUUUAAAAAAAUAAUCAGAAUGUGCAAUAAACUACAAUGUAGCAGUAAGUUGUAGUGUUGAAACUUUACUGAACUGUUUUCAGAUGCUCAGUGUAUAUUUCCUAUCAUUUUGACACCCAACCCCCUCCCCCCCUAGAACUGACACUAAAACUGGGUCAUCUGUCCAGUGCCAUUCCAGAUAUAACACAUGGAAGAAAGUUUUGUACAAAACCAGAGACUCUAUUAAACUGCUUUCAACUGCCCUACACAGAAAAACUUCCUGUGGAUGGAUUAUACCUACAUUCAAUGUUUAAUCUUUGUUAAUACCCCUUCAGAUUGCAGAUACAUUCCAAACUAUGCUAUUUAGAUGCAAGUUUAAACAACUUGUUUUUGUUUCUUUGCUGGGAAAUUUAAAACAAAAAUCUAUCCAGAAUCACAAUGGAAAGCUUUGGAGCUUUGCUCUUUACUGGUCUUCUAGACAUCAAUCAUCCUUUCCUUUUCAGCUAGUCACCAAAUGUUGGCAUACUUACGAGACU